UGCACAUUACUCUGCUCCUCACCACUGCUUUUUUCUCCAAAGCCCUGACACUGAGGUGUUACGGAUGUACACCAGAUUCCACUGGAGCAUGCACACCAAAUGUGAUAACCUGUCCAUCACGUUGUGGCUCCGUAACCACAACCGCAUACGUAGACGCCAAAAAAAUGGAAAGCAGCACUGCGAAGACCUGCGCAGAUCCUGUUUCAUGUGUCAACGGGAGCAUGAAUUCUGGACGGAGCAAAGUGACCCUAAACUCCCAGUGCUGUAAUACGGAUCUCUGCAACAAUGUGAAUGCGCCAGAUCUGCCACUUAAGCCUCUUAAUGGGAAGAAAUGUUUCACCUGCAAUGCCACUGCAGACUGCACACGAACAAUGGCUUGUGAGGGCGAUGAGACUCAGUGCUUUAUCACAACAGCUGAGGUCAGUGGCAAGAAGGUGAGCACGAAAGGAUGCUCGAGCAAGUUGUUCUGUGGGAACGGGACCCUGUCUCUGGGAAUACCCGUGCAGUCCUACGGCUUCGGGGCUAACAUGAAAUGCUGCGAGGGAAACCUUUGUAACAGCGCUCAGAGCUUGGGAGUGUAUUUCCUGAUGCUUGUACCACUUAUCUCUCUAUCUGUCUUCUGAUAUAUGCUGUUUUAAGCUUCUUCUUCUUUUUUUUUUUGAACUUUUCUCUUAAAAACAUCUCUCUAAUUUGUGUUCUGACAGGCAUAUAAAUUAAUAACUUUGAAAGAUUAGGCCUAUUUACGGUUUUCUCACUUAAUUCUAAUGCAAUGACAUUUGGUUUAAGCCAAUGUACAUGUCUUUUGAAGUUGUUUGAUUGAGCCACGUGAAUUAAAGCUCAAUCUCAAUGGUCCUUCUCACAGACUGUGAGACGCGUUUCCACUGUUCUUUUCGUCUUUUUUAUAAUUGUACAUUUAUCAGACUAUAGGCUACUUUGUGUUUUAUCUAUUUGCAGCAAUGUGAAAAGGGUUCAGGAGAUCAAGAGCUGUAGUGGUGGUGGAGGGGACU